GUGGCCUCCUUGAAGUGGCUCAGUGGUGCCUGCAGCCUCACGGCUCCUGCUGUCUCCAGAGAUGACUCACAGAGUCCUUCUACUAACAGCCUUGGCCUUAUGUCACGGGUUCAACCUGGACACGGAAAAAGCAGUCAUCUUCCAAAACAAUGCAAGGGGCUUCGGGCAGAGCGUGGUCCAGCUUGAGGGAUCCCGGCUGGUGGUUGGAGCCCCCCAGGAGAUAAAGGCUUCCAAUCAAACGGGCGGCCUCUACCAGUGCGACUGCAGUAUGGGCAAGUGUGAACCCAUCCCCCUGCAGGUACCCCCGGAGGCUGUGAACAUGUCCCUGGGCCUGUCUCUGGCAUUCGCCACCAAACCUUUCCAACUGCUGGCCUGUGGCCCCACUGGGCACCGAAUCUGCAAGGACAACACCUACGCGAUCGGCUUCUGCUUCCUGUUUCAAUCCAGCCUACUGCAGCAACCCAGCAGGCUCCCAGAGGCCCUCAGAGGGUGCCCUCAGAAAGAGAGUGACAUUGCUUUUUUGAUUGAUGGCUCUGGUAGCAUCAACCCGACAGACUUUCAGCGGAUGAAGAACUUUGUCUCAACUGUGAUGAGUCAAUUCCAAAAGUCCAAAACCUUGUUCUCUUUGAUGCAGUACUCUGAAGAAUUUCAGACUCAUUUCACCUUCAACGAUUUCAAGAGAAACCCUUCCCCGGAAUCGCUGGUGAGGCCAAUAACACAGCUGUUGGGGAGGACACACACGGCCACAGCGAUCCGCAAAGUUGUAAGAGAACUGUUUCACAGCAGAAACGGAGCCCGGGAGAAUGCCCUUAAGAUGCUGGUUGUCAUCACAGAUGGAGAAAAGUUUGGCGAUCCUUUGGACUACAAGGAUGUCAUCCCUGAAGCGGAUAGAAAGGGGGUCAUUCGCUACGUCAUUGGGGUAGGAAAUGUGGCUCUCCGGCCUGAUGCUUCUGUAGAGGGUUCUACUUGGAUACACCCUCCUUUGAAUUUGCAAACAUCAAUAAAAUCAAAAAAUGCCAUUGGGAUUUUUGAUAGGGAUAACACUGAAGCUCUAGAUUUCUCAAUCCUGUUCUACAUUCUUGCCCAGGAUGGUCCCUUGUUGGGUGCUGUGGGGAGCUUUGACUGGGCUGGUGGAGCCUUUCUGCAUACGCUACAGGAUAAAGUCACCUUCAUCAACACAACCAGGGUAGAUUCAGACAUGAAUGAUGCUUACCUGGGUUAUGCUGCUGAAGUCGUCUUGCGGAACCGGGUGCAAAGCCUGCUUCUGGGGGCGCCUCGAUAUCAGCACAUCGGCCUGGUGGUGAUAUUCAAAAAGGACGCAGGUGCUUGGGAGAAAAACGCUGAAAUCAAGGGCAGCCAGAUCGGCUCCUACUUCGGGGCCUCCCUCAGCUCCGUGGAUGUGGACAGAGAUGGCAGCUCCGACCUGGUCCUCAUCGGGGCCCCCCAUUACUAUGAGCAGAGCCGGGGCGGGCAGGUGUCCGUGUGCCCCUUUCCCCGGGGGAGGGCUAAGUGGCAGUGUGGUGCUGUCCUGCGAGGGGAGCAAGGCCACCUCUGGGCCCGCUUUGGGGCAGCUCUGACGGUGCUGGGGGAUGUGAACGGGGACAGGCUGUCGGACGUGGCCAUCGGGGCCCCAGGAGAGCAGGAGAACCAGGGUGCUGUCUACCUGUUUCACGGAACCUCGGGACUGGGCAUCAGCCCCGCCCACAGCCAGCGGAUCACAGGCUCCCAGUUCUCUCCGAGGCUCCAGUAUUUUGGGCAGUCACUGAGUGGGGGCCAGGACCUCACAAUGGAUGGACUGGUGGACCUGGCUGUAGGGGCUCAGGGGCACGUGCUGCUGCUCAGGUCCCAGCCAGUGCUGAAAGUUGAGGUGACCAUGGAUUUCACACCCAGGGAAGUGGCAAGGGAUGUGUAUGAGUGUCGUGAGCGGGUGGUGAAAGGAAAGAUCGCUGGGGAGGUCAGAGUCUGCCUCCGUGUCCGCAAGAACACACGGGACAGGCUGAGAGAAGGAGAUACCCAGAGCACCAUCACAUAUGACCUGGCUCUGGACCCAGGUCGCCCACAUUCCCAGGCCAUCUUUGAUGAGACUAAGAACAACACUCUCAGACAUAUAGUGACGUUGGGGCUGAGUGAGAAAUGUGAGACCCUGAAGCUCCGGUUACUGGAUUGUGUAGAGGACUCAGUGACCCCCAUUGCCCUGCGCCUCAACUUCUCUCUGGUGGGGAAGCCCUCGUCCAAUUUUGGGAACCUCCGGCCAGUGCUGGAUGUAGAAGCUCCAACACUCUUCACAGCCUCGUUUCCCUUUGAGAAGAAUUGUGGCAAUGACAGCAUUUGCCAGGAUGACCUCAGCAUCACCUUCAGUUUUAUGAGCCUGGACACCCUGGUGGUAGGUGGUUCUCGGGACUUAAACGUGACGCUGACUGUGAGAAACCAGGGCGAGGACUCCUACAGAACACAGGUCACCUUCUUCUACCCAUCUGGCUUGUCCUAUCGGAGGGUGUCAGGAGCCCAGAACCAGCGCUCACAGCGGUCCUGGCGCCUGAUCUGUGAGUCUGACGUCUCCACUGAAGGGCCUGGGGCCUUGAAGAGCACCAGCUGCAGCAUAAACCACCCCAUCUUCCCAGGCAACUCGGAGGUCAGGCUGCUGCCUCCUUCUCCCUUUUUCUCCUUUGUCUUCCUCUGAAU